AUGGAGAUUGUGGCAAUGGUGUUGGUACUUCGGUUAGUUAGAAAGUGGUUCAAGUUCCGGUUUCAUGUGCAAUUUCGUUUAAUGUUCUACGAGUUGGGCUUUGGUGGAAUGAUUGGCGUUGGUUUGUCCUCUGAUCCGGCUUCUCCGCUCAUGAACGCGCCUCUUCUUAGCGUCUUUCAACUCUUGAUCUUUUGUGCUCGUGUGAUCCGAUCUCUUUGGCUACUUUCUUUGGUGAAGAGUCUUCACUUCAAGUUUUGUUCUUUACGGUUUUUUGAAGAGGGGAGCGGUCUCGAGGCUCAGUUUAGACUAUUUGGGAUGUUAUCGCGCUUUCAAUCUUUGUUGCAUUCGUCGCUUGGAUAG